AUGGUAGCCGAAGGGCCGUUAACGGCAAAACAGAGUUUCAUCGAGCUAGCAAAAGCGGAUACUAGUGGCGAUUAUGAUAAAGCAUUUAAAAUCGCCAACAAAAUUUUACAAAAGUUCCCUAAAGAGACCAUAGCAUUCAAAUGCAAACUGGUGGCACUUAUACAGCUCGGAAAGUUCGAAGAUGCGUUGGCGUUAGCAAAUAGAAUUCCAUUUCAUCAAAUGGGAGACUGCACUUUUGAGAAGGCUUAUGUUCAGUAUAGACUUAACGACAAUGAAGGAGCAUUGGCAACUUUAUCAAAGGGAGAUCCAGAUGAUUACCGUUGUCUGGAAUUAAAAGCGCAACUACUGUAUCGUGCAGAAAACUUUAAGGAAGCAGCCGACCUCUUAAAGAAAUUAUUGAAAGAUUACUCAGAUGAUUAUGACGAAGAACGUCGAACUAACUUGAUUGCUGUCAUUGCACAGUUGCAGGCUAUAGGCGAAGAGCAGAAUAUUACCAAAGAAAUGGAGACCUAUGAACAGUUUUAUAAUGGAGCUUGCUAUUUUAUCGAAUCUGGGAAUUUUAAAGAUGCCUUGAAAUUGUUGGAAAAGUCCGAAACGCUCUGCUCCGUUACUUUGGCAGAAGAAGGCCUUAGUGAUGAAGAAUGUGAGGACGAGCUUGCUGUGAUACGCGUACAAAAAGCAUACGUUUUACAAAAACUUGGUCGAUCCGAAGAAGCAUUGGAAAUUUAUUUUCAACUUCAAAAGUCAAAUUUGGCAGACAAAAGCAUCGUUGCAACGAUCAGCAACAAUCUACUCUCUGCAAGACGUAAUGUGAACAUGCUGGAGGCCAAAAGGAAACUUAAAGCGGCAGCGCAAACAGAAACUUCGAAGCUGACAUUACAUCAGCGCCGCACCCUUGCCUUAAACCAAGCGUUAUUGUACAUGCUUUCUAACCAGAAAGACUUAUGCAACAAGUCUUUGCAAGAAAUCCGACAAAAAUAUGGUACAGUACAAGAAGCAGUAAUUAUAGAAGCCGCUUUAUUAUUGCGUUCGAAAGAUCCCCAAAAAGCUAUCGAGGUUUUAGGAUCAGUCACUCCUACCGUGGAAACUCAGUUAGCUCGAAUUCAAAUUCUCCUGAAUGAUGGUAAAGUGGAAGAAAGUGUUUCUGCUCUUGAAAACUUACCACCCGAAAUUGGUUUGCGUCCUGCAAUUGUGCAACUACGUGUUGCCCUUCUGCUGUGCCUCAAUAAGAAGAAAGAAGCUUUGGAUCUACUUUCUUCUGUUAUUGGCACAGACGGAACUGGUGUAGAGAUCCUUUUGGAGCAAGCAGCUUCAUUAAAUUUGCAGUGUGCGAAUUACCGCGCGGCUGUAGACUGUCUUGAACGCUUAGCAGCUCUAAAACCUGAUGAUCUAAAAAUUAUUUGCCGUCUAAUUAAAGCUUACUCUGCAUUUGAUGUACAUCGUGCAGAAGAGCUCUCUAAUAAACUCUUUCCACCAAGCAAGGCAGAAAGUCUUGAUGUUGAUGCUUUAGAAAAGUCAGACUGGAUCCUAUACAGGGACAGAAGUCGGCAGAAGAAGGAACCGAAACCGCAAGAGCCUGAUGCGGAAAUUAUAACCGGAAAGUUGAGGCGAAGAAAGCGCAAGCGCAAGCCCUUGUUACCGAAGAAUUAUGACCCGAAAGUUCCUCCUGACCCUGAAAGAUGGUUACCAAAACAAGAAAGGACGGCAUAUAAGAAGAAGAUUAGUAAGAAACAUAAAGACAGGGAAAUAGGGAGAGGGACGCAGGGAGCUGUUUCGUCCCCUGUUCAGUUAGACAACGCCAAAACAAAGGCUGAAAACUCACCAAAGCCAACUCCAGUAAUGGGAGCAGAAGGACCGAGACAACAAAGACCGGCAGGGCAGCAGCCGAAGAGGAAGAAGAAGAAGACGAAGUGGUAA